AUGUCAAAUUCAGCAGCUGUUCUGAGCAGAGUGUUGGCAGUGUUUGGCCUGUCUCUGCUGCUAGGUGCCUCUCUCCUGCUUACGACGCAGUGGGCAAUUGCGUCCUUCAGACCCACCCUAGUUGAGAUCGACAACUUGAAGCAUAAGCUGUCGAUAGCUCGUCCCAAGAGAGCCCAAGAUCACGCACUUCAUAGGCAGGGCCUCCCACGUCAGACGAGAGGAGCUGGGAACAAUUGGCAUGCAGCCGUCGAGGACGUUCAGCCGCCAGAGCAAUGGCUUGAAAACCCAACUCAGCAAACGUACAGCCAACAUUCAGCUUUUGACGGUGAUCUACGAAGGAACAGAUCAAUCAGCCAGCCUUCCAGUACAGAUCUGGAGGUGCAGCAUAGUCAGCAGGGUUCUCACAAAGGCAACGACACUGCAGAGGCCGCCCCCAGAACCCAAGCUCUGUCAGCCAAUGAGACAGAUCGAUGCAGAACAGUUCUUGGCGACUGGUGCCAGCAUGCACUGCGACAGCAUGCUGUGCUUCCAAGAAAGCAGCCCCCCAGCAGCAACCUGUCAUGCCAUGCAGACUGCAAUGGCGUGGGCAAUUGCAACGCCAUCACGGGCACCUGUGACUGCCCGGCAGGUUGGAAGGGAGUGGGCUGCUUGGAGCGCGACCCACGCCCAUGCACUGACAGAUAUCGAAGGUACGCUUCUGUGUUGUUGGCACAGCAGGGCCAGAUACUCAGUUAUUUUGGAGCUUCCACGGCUGGUUUGUUGUCAGGUGUGUGCGAUGAUGACAUUGCCGCCUGUUACUGCAACGGGACAAAUGCAAGGCUACCUUCUUACACUGGCACAGGGCCUCACAGUUACCCACCAGCAAGGCAAGGGCGGCCGAUGGGCCUGCACUGUCAGCCCAACAAGGGUGAUGAUGGCAAGGCCUUGCACUGGGGCCAGCAUGAACCCAGCAAGCUCUUUGAUCCGGACACUGGUUGGUGUGAGGCAGCAACCCCUUUCACCAGGUGUGAUUGCUUCCUGGACGGCAUGGGCGGCGACUACUGCGACCAGCCGCACGAGCAGACCUGCAUCAACCAGUGCAGCGGGCGCGGUGUCUGUUACUUGGGCUUCUGCAAGUGCGACCCCGGCUGGUUCGGCCACGACUGUGCCAACCGUGUGGCAGGCCUGCCAGCCUCAGACGGUGAGAUCUUUUCAUGCCCUAAAACAUUGGUACCUGAACAGUGCAUGAGCGGCUGCAGAGUGGUGGGGCUUGGCAAUGCAGGGGUGAAUUUGACAGAGAAGCCAUGGCUGCGGGAGGUGCUUCCAGCUGCCGAGCAGCUACAGGAGCGCAGGCGGCCCCUCAUCUAUGUGUAUGACCUGCCCGCCGAGUUCAACAGCCGCAUGCUGCAGUACCGCCUCAACAAGCGUGAGUGCGUGUGGCGCCUGUUCAAGGACAACAACGAGUCAUACAUCAACUCCUGGACCUAUGGCAUCGAGAGCGCCUUCCACGAGCGCCUCCUGCAGGCACUCUCUAGCGAGCACCGCACGCUGGAUCCGGAGGAGGCGGAUUUCUUUUUCAUGCCGGUGUACACGUCGUGUUUCCUGCACCCGGUGUGGGGCUACGUGGACCACCCCUGGUACUAUGGACCCACCAUCGACUGCCGCCGCGACGGCGACAUGCAGAUCUGCCAAACCGGAGCCAAUCGGGUGAUGCAGGCGAUGUUCAUGCUGUUGGAGGCGCAGAAGUGGGUGGAGGUGAACCACCCCUGGUGGCGGCGCAAGGGCGGCAGAGACCACAUCUGGCUGAUCACGCAUGAUGAGGGCUCCUGCUGGGCGCCAAAGGAGAUCAGGCUAUCCAUCAUCCUUUCCCACUGGGGGCGCAAGGAUGUGAACCACACAUCCAACUCGGCCUUUAAGCCCUGGGACAACUACACUCAGGAGGUGAUCCACCCCGAGUGGUGGCCAGAAGGGUACACCCACCACAUCAAAGGCCACGCCUGCUACGACCCAAUAAAGGAUUUGAUCAUCCCAAACCUGAAGCAUCCGGCGGAAUUUGCCAAUUUCUCCCCGCUGGUGGGUCACCCGCAGCCGCCGCGGGACAUCCUCUUCCUGUUCAGGGGAGAUGUCGGCAAGCACCGCCUGCCCCACUACAGCCGGGGCAUCCGGCAGCGGCUGUUUGCGCUGGCUCAGGAGCACGACUGGGCCGGCCGCCACGCCAUCCUCAUUGGCGACCGAGAUGACGUCGCCGGUGACUACAGCGAAUUACUCACCCGCUCCAAGUUCUGCCUCGUCGCCCCAGGCGACGGAUUUUCGCCACGGGCGGAGGAUGCGAUCCUGCACGGCUGCGUGCCGGUGGUGGUUAUGGAUGAAGUGGACCCCGUGUUCUCUUCUAUCCUCGACUGGAGCGCCUUCUCCCUCCGCAUCGCUGAGGCGGACAUAGAGCAGCUGCCGCAGAUCCUGCUGGCUGUUCCAGAGGCGCGGCUGCAGGCGAUGCAGCGUUCCCUGCGCAACGUGUGGCAGCGCUUCAAGUGGAGCUCGCUGCCGAUCUUCAGGAGGAUUGUGCGCGAUAUCUACAAUUCGAAUUUGAAUUCGGUGCUUGACAUGUCUGCAGAGGCGUGCUGCGAGGACCCUGCCAGAGAGGAUGCGUUUGCGACCGUCAUGCAGUGGCUGGCGCACAGGUCUGCGGCACUGGGCCCCGCCGCAAUGGGCACCAACUGA